AUGAUACUCGAUCGUUCGCAUGUUAUCCUACACCACAGUGUGCUAGGGACCACUUUCAAAGGCAUCGAUCAUCCAAUAUCCACCCCGGAUGUACCCAUACACCAAUUCCGUGGAAUCAAAUACGCCAAUGUACCAGCUCGCUUUCGUCAAUCGAAACUCGUUGUUUCAUACCCCUCCGCAGUCGAUGCAACACGUCACGGCCCAAUAUGCCCACAGCUUGACCGGAAAAGUCUUGAAGAGGAGCUCAUUGGUCUUGCCGACAGUGAUAUCCCAAGACAAGUCUUCAAACAGGAUGAGUUUGAGUGUCUCAACUUGAACAUUACCUGUCCUGCUGGUCAUCAUCGCGAAUCACAAAUUCCAGUUAUGGUUUGGAUCCAUGGGGGAGGCAACCGUGGUUGUGGCUCAAGUUGGAUCUAUGACGGCGGCGCUCUUGUUAGAAAGAGCAUUUGUAUUGGUUCACCAAUCAUAAUGGUCACAAUCAACUUUCGCAUAGGAGUAUUUGGUGUUGCCGCAAACAUGCAGUUGACAGAAGACAACCGAGCAGCAGGCGACGAAGGUGUGGGAAACUAUGGCCUGCGUGACCAACGUCAGGCUCUAGAAUGGGUGAACCGUUUCAUAGCAGAUUUUGGAGGAGACCCAUCCAAUGUCACCCUAUUCGGACAUUCUUCGGGAGCAGCAGACAUCGUUGCUCACCUGUACUCCAAUGCCAACUUGACUCGCCCCCUAUUUGCUCGGGCAAUUGUUCAAAGCGCGAUCAUCGAGCAUAAUCCUCCAGAACCACAUUCAGCUGGAUGGCAACUGUCUAGAGCAUUGGCUCCACUGCACGCCUCUUCCGUCGCACAACUUCGUGCUAUAGAUCCUGAAACACUUGUCAACGUCAAUCUCCCCUUCCGCGCAGUCGAUGACGGUGUCUUCUUCAGAAAAGGAUUCAAAGAUAUCCUUUUCCCGCCCUCAGAGUCAGAAGAGCCUGCCAGAGAUCCUCUUGACAGAAGUCUGAAUCCUCUGCGGUUUGCCAUUCGCAAGGCGAAAAGCAAGAGUCGAAGUCCGCACCCAAUGAGCAGCUGUCUGCCGGCCGUUCCCCAUACAUCCACCCCUGGUCUCCAGCCUCUCCUUAUCGGUGACUGCGCAUGCGACUCUUCUCUUUGGUCUCAGCCUGCACGUCAGUGGGCCGCACCCGCUGUUGUGCGACGAAUUCGUGCAAUCUGCCAGUCUAUCACAAAAUCCUCUGCUCUUCUCAAUGCUUACGAGAUAGGCUCGCACAUGUUUACGGAAGAUCUUACCGACCGUCUACUUGAGCUCGUGGAGGAUGCACGCAUAGCGUGGCCCACGGAAUGCGUUGUUCAAGCUGCGCAGAGGACUGGUCGACAGGUCUGGCGGUAUAUAUUUGACCAGGAGGGUCCUACACAGGGGAUGCCUCACCAUGCAGCAGACUUGGUAUACUUGUUCGACAACGUCUCGCUUCCAUUAUCACUUUCGCCCUCACCUACUGCUUUUGACCCUGACGAGUCGCUUCCAUCACUCCCGUCGUCAAGAUCGACUUCUGCUGACAUAGGCGAGAUCCCCGACAAGCUGUGCACCAUCGACGAGCUUGACCUCAUGGAUAUCGACAAGUUCUCUUACGGCUCAGAGUCAAGUUGCAGCGGAUGGACCCAGCCCGUUGUUGACGAGUUGAUGUAUGCCCGUGUGCGAGAUGCGAUACAGGAACGGUGGAUCACAUUCGCGCAGGGAGAGCGGCCAUGGGACAAUUCUCGUGGCAAGGUGUACGUUUUUGGCCCUGAGGGCGAAACGGGCGAGCGAAGUGCGGGUAUUUUUGGAGGCAGGCGGCGUCAAAAGAUAUGGGAGGAGAUGCUGAAGCCUUUGGGCAUGACGCUUGUGCAAAAGGUCGCACAAGAACUCAGCAAUGGGCCUGGAUUGCCGCGGUAA